AUGGCUGCCUCAGUGAGUGCCGUUGUCUCCCUUUCAUCUUCCAAAUCCAAUGCAAUUUCAACUAGAACAUCCCUCGUCUCCCAAGAACGAGUCUCCUUCGCCAAGGUACCAUAUUACAAAAAUGUGUCAUCAAGUGGUAAAUUGUUUUCAAUUAGAGCUCAAAUCACAACAGAGGCUGAGGCUCCUGCUAAAGUAGAGAAAAUUUCAAAGAAACAAGAAGAGGGUGUGGUUACAAAUAAAUACCGUCCAAAGGAACCAUAUGUCGGUCGGUGCCUUCUUAACACCAAGAUCACAGGCGAUGAUGCCCCCGGUGAAACUUGGCACAUGGUCUUCAGCACCGAGGGUGAGAUCCCAUAUAGAGAAGGGCAAUCCAUUGGUGUAAUUCCAGAUGGGAUCGAUCCCAAGAAUGGAAAGCCACACAAACUGAGAUUGUAUUCCAUCGCUAGCAGUGCUAUCGGUGACUUCGGAGACUCCAAAACUGUCUCUUUGUGUGUGAAAAGACUUGUCUACACCAACGACCAAGGCGUAGAAGUUAAAGGAGUUUGCUCUAACUUCCUGUGUGACUUAAAGCCUGGAUCUGAGGUGCAAAUAACCGGUCCAGUAGGAAAAGAAAUGCUUAUGCCAAAGGAUCCUAACGCAACUGUUAUAAUGCUUGCAACAGGAACUGGGAUUGCUCCAUUUCGCUCAUUUAUGUGGAAAAUGUUCUUCGAGAAGCAUGAAGACUAUCAGUUCAAUGGUUUGGCAUGGCUCUUUUUGGGAGUUCCCACAAGUAGUUCCCUGUUAUAUAAAGAGGAAUUCGAGAAAAUGAGGGAGAUGAAACCGGAGAACCUGAGAGUUGACUUUGCUGUAAGCAGAGAGCAAACUAACGAUAAGGGCGAAAAGAUGUACAUUCAAACCAGAAUGGCUCAGUACGACAAAGAACUAUGGGAAUUACUGAAGAAAGACAACACGUUUGUGUAUAUGUGCGGGCUUAAGGGCAUGGAGAAGGGAAUUGAUGACAUUAUGGUUUCAUUGGCUGCUGAAGAUGGCAUUGAUUGGAUACAAUACAAGAAGCAAUUGAAGAAAGAAGGACAAUGGAAUGUGGAGGUGUACUAAGUGGCUUUGUUUCUUCUUGUACAAAUGCAGCCCUCUCUUUGUAGAUAGCUUUGGAUGCUUAUUUCGAGUGCCCAGAAAGCAACAAGUUCAUAAGGAUAUGGAAAUGGUACGACAUUAUGUGAGAGAGCUUCACCAGCAAAAAGAGUGUAAUACUGUUAACAAAUUGUUAUCUGGUUCAUACUAUUUACAGGUUGUGGUAUACGUAUCUGUGAUUCCAUAUAUGUACCCGAAGUCAUUCUUUACAUUAUACUAAAGAAAGUGCUCACGGGGUUGUAACAUCUUUUCCAUAUCUCGAGUUUGUGUGUUGGGAUUUAUUCGAGCAUUUUAUG